CAAUAUGUAAAACAAGAUGGCAGCGCCCAUCUGAUGCAAUGCUUUUGAAACAUUAACACUGAAAUAGUUAAAUGCGGCGCGUGUUCAGUUGUGUUACAACUCGUUUUGCAAAUUUCAUUAAGCUAUCAAAAUUUUUGUACUCAACAAGAGCGGGGAACAUGAAUCUCAGUCCUGGAAAAGUCGUAAAAUUGAGCGUAAACGAUCAUAAGAGAGUGGUGGAGCAAGCUGCCGACAGCUUGUUAAAUGGUCAUAUCAUCACAGUACCCACAGACACAGUGUAUGGGAUAGCUGGUCUAGCCCAAAACUCAGAAGGCAUCAGCAGGAUAUACAAUAUUAAGAGAAGGAAUCUCCAGAAUCCCAUAGCAAUCAGUGUAGGCUGUGUACAGGACUUCUACAAGUGGAGUAAAGUAGUGGUACCUCAAGACCUGUUGGAGGAUUUGUUGCCAGGACCUGUGACAAUUGUUCUGGAGCGGUCUUCUAACUUAAAUACAGAUCUGAACCCAGGUACAGACCUUGUUGGUAUUCGCAUUCCAAAUCAUCCUUUCAUCAUAGAUCUUGCUCAGAAAUGUGGGGGACCAAUAGCACUUACAAGUGCCAAUAUAUCAUCAACCAAAAGUACUCUCAAUAUUCAGGAAUUCGAGGAACUGUGGCCCAAGUUAGAUCUGAUAUGUGAUGGAGGCCAACUAGGAGACACAGAAUUUUCAAGGCGUGGCUCUACUGUUGUAGAUUUGUCUGUCAGAGGAAAAUAUAAAAUAAUUAGGGAUGGAAGUGCAAAGAAAGAGACAGUUGAAUUGCUUGAAGGAAAAUAUAGUCUGGUGGAAAAUACUUGAUAAUUGCUACAGUUGUAGCAACUUGACAUUGAACAAUUACUCUGUGAUAUUAUCCCAUCUUGCAUAACUUAUUACACAUGUACAAUAGCUAGACAUGCACAAAUAAACAUGUAAGGAGCACUGGUUGUACAGGAAGUUACAUGUAUCAUCUUUGUUCAGGCAUUUAUUUUACCUCUAACACUACCCUAAUUGUAAGAUGAACUUUCUCUGUCUCACCAGUAAAGCUGGAAAGAUGCCACAUGGUCUUUACGGUGUUGGUGUGAUGUAAAACCGGACCAAAAACAAAAAACACUUGCCCUGCUUUGAAUUUAGAGCUAUUUAUUGGUAUUUUAAGUGUUUCUUCAAUAUAAAAGAACUAGACUUAAACAGAAAACUGUAUAGACUACAUAAAUACUGGAACGCACAUAAUUUCAUGAAUUUUUAUGGUUAUGUCAAAAAAGACAGUUCUAUAGGUUCUUAGAUUUGAGGAUUGUUGAAUUUUGCAAAUAAAGUAAAAUGCAAAUAACAUUCAUUUAAAGCAAAAUAAUAAGGAUAAAUAGAGGAUAUUUGUUUGUUUUGCAUGUAAGAUUGAAAUAUAAUUUCACUGAGUGAACACCAGAUGCAAUAUUUUCACGAGUGGCGUAGCCACGAGUGAAAAUAUAAUAGCUGGUGUUCACGAAUGAAAUAUAUUUCAUUA